AUGGAACGGGCGGGCCGGAGAGGGCUCAUUGCGCUUGCGCAGGUCGAGGGGCCGGAGGGAGGCGGAGACGCCGCGGUCCAACUGCUGAGGAGUCUCCAUGUGACAGAGAGCUGGGUCCCAGCUCCAGGCGUCACCCGACUCUGGUUACUGACCCUCAGCACUGUCUACUGUCCGGGAGCCAGCAGACACCAGCAGGCGGGGGACGCUUGGUGUUUGGCCGUGCUGCCAGAGGACUUGGGGUGCAGAGUGAANAGAGUGAAUUGCCGCCUCCAGACCGGGAGCCGGAGGGACCCUGCCAAGACACCGGAGUCUCCGGAGAGAGGCGGAGCGGCGAGGCUAGCGGGGGUUUCUGCUGGCGCCCCGGAGCGCGGAGUCAUGAACGGCUUCACGCCGGAGGAGAUAAGGCCCCCAGGAGCGGCCGGGCCGGGCCCCGGGCAGCUGUGCUGUCUGCGGGAGGACGGUGAGCGGUGCGGCCGGGCGGCAGGCAACGCCAGCUUCAGCAAGAGAAUCCAGAAGAGCAUCUCCCAGAAGAAGGUGAAGAUCGAGCUGGAUAAGAGCGUAAGGCAUCUUUACAUUUGCGAUUAUCAUAAAAACUUAAUCCAGAGUGUUCGAAACAGAAGAAAGAGAAAAGGGAGUGAUGAUGAUGGAGGAGAUUCACCCGUUCAAGAUAUUGAUACUCCAGAGGUUGAUUUAUACCAAUUACAAGUAAAUACACUUAGGAGAUACAAAAGACACUUCAAACUACCAACCAGACCAGGACUUAAUAAAGCACAACUUGUUGAGAUAGUUGGUUGCCACUUUAGGUCUAUUCCAGUGAAUGAAAAAGACACCUUAACAUAUUUCAUCUACUCAGUGAAGAAUGACAAGAACAAAUCAGAUCUCAAGGUUGAUAGUGGUGUUCACUAGGAGAGAUGGAAUUGAGACUAAGACUUGGAUAUUCAGAUGUUAAGACUGUUUACUGCUUUUCACAUGUAGAAAUAAAUGUUCCUGUGUAUUUUUUCUACAGAGGAUUUUCUCUGGUUUUAUUUUCUCUGUUUCUGACUCUAAUAAUUAGCUGGAAACUCAUGUAAAAUGAGCUUUCCAAGAUUAACAAUAAAGGUUAUUAUUAUAGUUG